CCUGUGAAGUGGACGCCGGUGAGGAGAGGGUCACACACCGGAGCUGUCAGCCGAACAGGUGGAGUUUCUCAAGUCUGUUUCUCCCGGUGAAACCCGAGCCGAGGGACACGGUGGCGGGGAUACACCGUACCUUCGUAUAAUAUCGGUUGCUCGUGUGUUUGAGAGAAUUAUUCGUUAAGCCCGACCAUGACAUCGGUGUGGAAGCGGCUCCAGCGGGUUGGGAAGAGAGCGUCCAAGUUUCAGUUCGUUGCUUCGUUUCAAGAACUGACGGUAGAAUGUACAAAGAAAUGGCAACCAGACAAACUGAGAGUGGUGUGGAUCAGGAGAAACAGACGUCACAGCACAAAGCUCCACAGCUGGCAGCCGGGGAUCAAAAACCCCUACAGAGGCCUGGUGCUGUGGCAGAUUCCAGAGAGUUUAGACAUCACUGUAACACUCUUCAAGGAACCUACUGCAGAAGACUUUGAAGACAAGGACUGGACCUUUGUCAUUGAAAAUGAAACAAAAGGCCGUAGGAAAGUGUUGGCAUCAGCAGACGUUAAUAUGAAGAAGUUUGCCAGUGCCACGCCGGCCCAGUAUGACUUAACACUGAAGCUCAAACCGCUGUCUGUCAAAGUGGUGGAAGCCACGCUGAAAUUGAACCUGUCCUGUAUCUUUCUCAAAGAGGGCAAGGCCACAGAUGAGGACAUGCAGAGUUUGGCCAGUCUAAUGAGUAUGAAAAUGAGUGACAUUGGAAACCUUGACGACUUUAAUGACAGUGAUGAUGAAGGCGGCGAGGAGAGGAGGGCCAGCUUUGGAACCGGACAAAUUACUCAUGUUACUGCCUCUGGUUCUUCUAGCACGAGAGUACAUGAUCUGGCUUGGAGGCCUGCAAUUGAAUCAGGCCCCACAGUAACCUCAGAGAUGGAUUGGAAAACGUCCUCUGGCAUUUCCUCCACCAUCUCGGUUCCAUCUCGUCCUCCUCUGCCCGAACCCCCAGACCCCUCUGUUCCAUCCUUUUUACGCACACGACCACCAAGCACUGCCCAGCAGGCUCGGCCCUCCCCCUAUGCCUACUCACUGCCAGCCUUUACAAUUGCUCACCCUCCUGCACUUCCCAAAAUCUUCCAGCCCACUGCCGGAUCAGCUCCUCGAAGGCCCCAUAGCUUCCACAGUGACUCCUCUCCAGCUGAGGGCUUGGAGGCUUUCUCUACCUUCACCCCUUCUAAAGCAGUCUCCACCUCUUUUCUCUCUUCUACACCCUCUGAUCCAUCUCUCCAUCAUCCUGCUUUCUCUGAUACCUCACAGACAGCCUGUCCCAGUGUGUGGAGACCACAGAAUUUUCCGUCUUUUUCUUCUGUGUCCUCCUCUUCCUCCUCAUCCUCAGCUCCUGUCAGCUCCUUCCCUUCUAUUCCUCCACCGCCUCCUGCUUCCAGACAGCCCAAAGCCCGUCUCACCUCUGUGGGCGAGACAGGCUCUGCCCUCACCAGGCCCACCAGCCUGCCGUCUGCCCCUGAGACAGCUUCCUGGCAGAGUGAAUGGAGGCCUCCUAAAUCUCAGGCCCCUCUAGCACAGCCUGCCCUCUCUCCUAAGUUUCUGCAUCCCUCUGCCAAUGAUCCUGGACAGCCUGCAGUACUGCAGAGACAGCAGACAGAGACGCUAUCUUCAUUCUCUCUGCCCACUGGUCAGUCUAUGGAGCAGAAAGCCCAGGGAGGGGCUGGAUUUGUUCCUUCCUUGAGACCCCAGGUCACCCCUGCAAUAGAGUCUUCUUUAAGUCCUCCCUUUGCUCCUGUGCUCUUUGGGCCUCCUUCCUCUCAGCCUCAUAUAGCCCAAACUGCCAUAACCUCACACAGUGACCAAGAUGCAGAGUUCAAAAGACAGUUGAGUACGCUGAGUGAGGAGGACAACCAGUGUACAACACCUACAAGCCCUGAUCCCAGAGCGCCAGCCAGCUGGAGGCCAGAGCUGUCCAGGGCCUCAGAACGGAAAAGAGAUGCACAUUUUGGAAUCGAGGUUGUUAAGGCAACAGCAGGACCUGAGAGCAUGGCCUCACUUCUGCCCCCUAGCCAAAGAAACCCCGUAGCCCCAGGGCUAAAAUAUUUUGAGAUGCCAAAAACACAGAUGGAUCAAACAGAAUCAAGGCCAGGAAGGACGUUCCCUAACAUCCAGCCAACAUUUCCUCCCUUUACCUCUGCAUCUAAGCAAAACCCUGAUUUUCAAGAUUCCACAUCUGCUUCAGUCAAGGAGCCUUUGGUUAACCCAAGAAGUCACUUGUCCAAGAUGUCCAUUCAGUUAGGGAAUCCAAUAGCCCAACCAGAGUCUGCUCAGCAUCUACCCCUUUCUCCUUCCAACCCCCAACCUACUAGAUCACUUCAGGAACCUUUGUUGCACUUACCUCAGACUGCUACAACCACUGACACAAAACCGCUACGAAGGAUAGGAGUGGCUCAUAAAAAAGAAGCAGUAGCUAUGGAUUCAGGAAAUGAGAGCAUGGCUGCCUCAGUGUCAUCUUAUCUCAAAGACACCAAUUCUGCUUUUGCUCCAAUGGUGAUCAACAAAACACCUGAAACUCAGUCUGGAGAACAGUCCAUUGCGAAAAACUCACAGUGGAAGAAGCCGCAAAGAGACACUCAAAAAAUAAGCCCUGCAGUUCCAAUACCUGUUAUGGACGAGAAAACUUUAUGCAACAUGACUGCCUCAAACCAAGUCACUUCAAGAUUGGACUCCGAUUUGGGGUUUUUCUCAGCGCAGCAGACCACAACAGAUAAUUUAUCAAAACAAAGAGAAGACCUUAAGGUGGAUUUUGCUUUGUUUCCCACAAAAAGCUUUGUUGUACAUGGUUUGGACCCAGAACAAUGUAUGAAGAAAGGGAGAACUGACAAUGUGGCUGGGUCUAUGGAUAAGAGACCAUUGAGUGAAAGAGAUAGGUUAGUUAAAAAGGAACUUGUUUUACCAAGCUCUGAAGUCAGUAUAGAAGAAAAGUGUACGUACAUAUCUAAGGUGGAACUUGGUCUGUUGUGUCCAACAGGGAGUACUUUUUCUCAUUCAACGUCUUCUGCACAGCCUCAAGUUCAACUUAAACGAACAGUGGGGAUGCCAAGUAUGAUUAAGUUACAAUCAGUCUGCCCACAAUGUUCCAAGAUUCCUGGCAUGCCAUCUUUACGUCAGUCACAAGUUUUAGCAUGGUCUAAUGAGAGAAGUUUAUUCUUUCAGAAGUUAUCCAGCGACAGAUUUCCAUUACUCCUGUAUUCAGACCCUGUUAGUUCCCUUUAUGAGGGUAGUGCAGGAAUUGCAAAAAUGGUGGACUUAACACCAUCCUGCUCCAGCUCUGCUAGUAUUCCUGGAUUCCCUUCAGCUUUGAAACGUGAGCCAAAUGUGACUUGUCUUUUCACUUCAUGUCCCAGAAUUAGCAGGAUUCCAGGGUUAGCUUCUGCUGAAUCAGUGACUGGAUUUGAAAAGAGCGUUUGGGACGGAUGUGCUCUAUGGAAGAAACCGUUGCAGAUAAAAGAAGCAUUUGUAACACACACGUCUUGCAUUCAGGAACAAACUCUCAGUGAUACUAAUAUGAUUAAAGUGAUGGUGGCCAUGUUGCCAACGUGUUGUAGAAAUGCCAGUGUUCCAGGGUUUCCUUCUGCACCACUGCAAAAGGAUUCAUAUGUUCCAAGUAUGACCAGUCUUCUACCUACAUGCCCUCAACAGACAAUAAUUGCAGGCAUGCCAGGUAGAGAAAGAGUUAUGGUAUAUAAUGACAACUGGCAUAUUUUGAGGGAAUUAAGUUUAGAUAGACCAUUCAGAGGUAAUCCUGUUCUGGUUCAGGAAAAGUCACAUGAGGAUAAAGAACAUAUAAAACAUAUGGUAGACAUGUUACCAUCUUGUCCCAGGAAGGAAACCAUCCCUGGUUUUCCCUCUGUGCCAAGAAAAGAACCCAGUUUGCCUGGUGUUCUGUUUGCACCAAGCCAAGAUCCUAACAUGGCAGAUAUUUUGCCGUCUUGCCCAAAAAAAACUAGAGUCAUUGGAUUACCCUCUAAGGAGACAGUUAGUGCUCAAGGUGACUGUGUGGAUAUAAUCAGACAUGUAUUGAUGGAGAAGCCCUUGAGUAAAGCUGAAGUCUUUAUUCUAGAUAUGUCCCCAGGUGCCACUCAGGAUGUAGACAAAAGAGGAAUUUUCAGCUCAGUGGCAAUGUUGCCCUCAUGCCCCAUGAGAACUUGCCUUGUUGGUAUGCCCAGAGCACCACAGAGGCUGUUACCGAGUAUUGUCAGUCUUGCACCUGUAUGCCCUAAACAGACCAGAACUCCUGGUAUGCCAUCUCGAGAUCAAAACAGUUCAGAAAGCAGAGAUUGGCAUGCUUUGAGGCAAUUAAUUAACAAGAAACCAGAGAAGAAAACACAAGCCUGCAUUUUUCACUGGAUACCCAUACAUGCAUUUAUCCCUAAAUAUAUGGUAGAUAUGUUGAUAAGUUGCCCAAAAAGAGCCAGAGUUCAUGGCUUACCCUCUGCUCCACGACACGAACCCAGUAUGAUUAAUGUAAUGCCUUCAUUCCCCAUGCAUAGUGGAGUCCUUGGUUGGCCUUCAAAGACUGGACAAAAUCUUCGUUUGUCCAGUUGCAAGGAAUGGUUUGCUUCUAAAAGUUUACAGUGGGAGUGUCCACUUAUCAAAAAGAAAGUGCAGAUUCUAAAUGCAUUUUUUUGUUUUGAUAAGAACACUGCUGAAAGUAUGAGUGCAAUAUUACCCUCUUGCCCCAAGAAUGCCAGUGUACCUGGGUUUCCUUCUUCUCUGACACUGACAUUGGCAUAUGGCCAUACUAUGGUUAAUUUAUUGCCCACUUGUGCAAAGGAAUCUAGAGUUCCUGGAAUGCCACUUAGACACACCACAGAACAAAUGGAGUGGCUAAUGAAAAGUGAGUCACUGCUACUUCCUAGGGAGAAGUCUGCAGAUAUGUUACAUUUACAUGAUGUUAAUAUAUUCUAUUUUGAAAGUGAUAUGAUCCUAAAUAUGGUAUCAAUACUGCCCUCCUGCCCACGGACAGCCUGUUUACCGGGCUUUCCAUCACUACCAUGUCAGAUGUUGGCAGACAUACCAAGUAUGAUCAACCUUUUGCCUAAUUGUCCAAGACAUUUCAGAGUAUGUGGAAUACCCUCUUUAUUCCACAGUGAGUCUGAUGAAACAGAGUGGAGUGUGGACCAAUCGCCAGUAUGGGAAAGGCCAUUAGCUAACGCAGGAAGACUGCCAGUUAUACAUGACCAUAAGAUGUAUUUCAGAGAAUGGGCCGUGGUUAGAAUUAUGGUAUCAAUGUUGCCACCCUGUCCAAAACAUUCAUAUAUUCCUGGAAUUCCCUCUAAGGCUGGAGAGAGACUUGUGAAAGCUGAAAUCAAAGAGGCUCUCAGCAUGUUUAAAUCCUUAUCCACUUUCCCAAAACACAGUAAAAUUCCAGGUCUACCUGCAAAGAAUAGUGCAAAGGAAUAUGAAGGCUGGCAUGUGGACAGGGAUGUAGUUUGGAAAAUUCCAUUUGAUAGAAGGUAUAGAGUUGUUCACCAAGAUUUUACAGAUAAGAAAAUGUCAUGUAGGGAUAAAGAAAUAAUGCUGAGUAUGCUUCCAUCAUGUCCACGACAAGCCCUGAACCCUGGAUUUCCUUCUGCUCCACGUCCCCAAGCUGUUGAUGCCAUGGUGGAAAAAAAUCCAGACAUGGUACAGUUGGUGCCAUGUUGCCCAAGACAGUCAAGUAUCAUUGGCUUCCCCUCAAGAGUGUCAGUUAUUUCUGAUUCUGAAGUAGCUGGCUGGCCAGUGGCGAUAAUAAAGACACAAGACUGCUGUCCAUUUUACACAAAGUAUUGUUCCCUUCACAAAGAUAUAAUGAAGACAAUUGUUUUCCUUGAACAUUCUUGUCCAAACAUUGCUCUUAGUUCAGGCUUCACAGCAGUGCCCCCAGCUGAUGUAGAGCGGCUUCCGAAUAUGGUAAAUAUUGUGCCAUCUUGCCCAAAGAAAGCUUCUGUUCUUGGAGUACCAUCAACACAUGUGCACCAUUCAGAACACGGGUGGCCAAGAAAAAAAAGAAUUGAAAAAGAAAGAGAGAACGUUGCAAGGCAACAGCUGCCAUUGGAAGAAUAUUCUCCUUGUAAAAUUUCUGCGACAGAGAGAUCCAUGCAUCUUAUAUUCCCUAGCCAAGAUGUACCAGAGGAUGUACAACAAAAAAUGACAAUUAAGUCAUCAACCUGUCCCUUUGAGGCCAUUGUCAAAGACUUGCCAUCACCAAAUUCUAAAAUCCAAGUUGACCAGCCAUCCUCUAGAAUUAAUGGGAUUGAGAUGUCAUGGGAUGAGGCCAGUCCAACAAGAUUAGAUUUUGACACAAAGGAAAUAAAAUCUGAUGUAUGCUCGGCUUCGGAGAGACAUAAAGAUGAACAGGGCUUUUGGAUACCGAUUGAGGCUGAAGAAAUAGCUGCUCUAGAGAAAGGAAACUUGCAUUGCAGAAUGUGGCACUCUGUUCCUGACAUGCCACUGUUAUUGAGUGUUAGUAGGAGCCCCUGGGGUCAAAAGGAUACUCAAGAAACACAGUUAUCAAUGUAUGAAAAGGGAGAAACUGUUGGCAAAGAGGCCCAAACUGCUGUAGUGACUGUGGAGGGUCAUGGUUUCAUGCCCUUAGAAGAGUCAAAUAAAACUUUGUCAGUGUUGUCAAUGAACAUCAAUACGACAAGUUAUGACACUGUGGAUCAAGAGUGCGUUAGAUUCUCUGAGAGUGGAAAUGAAAACAUGGUUUCACUACAGCCAUCAUGCCCAAUUGUUGCUGGAGCAGCAGAACACUCAUCCCAAACCCAAAUAAAUAAUGCUGAGCAGCUGUUAGAAAAGCCUCCUACAAACAAGACCAUACUGUGGGAGGAACUACCAAAAGCCACUACAAUAAAGUUUCCUACAGACAAGACCAUACAAUGGGAAGAGCUACCGAAGGCAACUACAGAGGUAACUAGAAACGCAUCAGAGGGAGAAAUGGAAAUGAUAAAAGAAAUGGUCAGCCUCCCUUCCAUGACGUUAGACACUGGUGAUGAAAUGAAGACAGAUACCGAAGCUGGGAUGGCAGAUCUAUUGCCGACAGGCCCAAAAUUUGAAUUCAUUGCUACUGCUAAACAAACAAACGAAUGUCUGCUGGACAGCAAGUCCACUUGGGAAAAGCCAUCAAAGGCUAUUGAAAUAGCAGAUAAAAAGUCCUCCCAUCCUCAAGCACAAUGUGUGCCAUAUUAUGUGAAGCCUGAAGUUGAGUACAAACAGUACACUUUUUCAGAAGCUUGUCCCAGUGUGACAAACAUUGCUGGCAUGUCAUCCAAAUUACCUGUAAAGGAAAAACACUGGCUGAGAGAUCAAAAGCCAAUCUGGGAGAAACAGUUAAAAAUGAAGGUAAAAUUACCACGGAAUGCUUCAAAGGCUGAUAAAAAGAACAAGAAGAAAAUGUUUUUACUGGUACCUUCUUGCCCAAGAGAGGCCAGAAAUCCAGGGUUUCCAUCUGCACCACAAUACAGUUUAGUUUUUUAUGGACCAAAUAUGGGGGAUGUUUAUCCUGCUUGUCCAAAUGUAGCCAACAUACCUGGUUCACUAUCAGUCAGUGAAGCCAAUAACAGAUCAUGGGUAUCUCAACAGGAACCACUUUUAGAGAAGACAAUGAAAACUGAACUUUUAAUCACAGAGUCACCAGACGAGAAGGUUGAAAUAGAACCAAUGGGAGCUGUGGAACGAACUUGCCCAAAACAUUCUUGCCUACGAGGCAUCUCCUCAAUUACACAACCUACUGUAGCACAUCACGAAUCAAAUAUGAUGAGCCUUUUAAACUCUUGCCCCAAAACCUCUUGCAUUGAAGGUAUCCCAUCAUUGACUGAACAUUUGAGCAAAAGCUGGGCUACAGAUUACAAGCCAGUAGGGGUAACAUCGCCAAAAAUCAACGCAGUCAUGAUUGAAGAGAGACCUCACAAUGAUGACAUAAAGGCAAUGUCAGCUUUAGCCCCAACUUGUCCAAAAGAAGCUACCCCUGGAUUCCCAUCUGCUCUGGAUCUUACAGUAAUCUAUAAUACAUAUAGUGGGGUCAAUCUCCUUCCAUCUUGCCCAGCCACCUCAAGUAUAGCUGGUUUUCCUUCAAUACAGAAAGCUGACAGCAAAGACUGGAACACUAUUCAUCAACUAUUAUGGGAGAAGCAAAAUAAAAAGGAGUCUGUAUUACUACUGGAGGAUAAUAAAAUUGACAAAGACAUGAAAGGAGUUGUGUCUCUUGCACAAAGCUGCCCAAGAGAAUCACUUAUUGCUGGGUUUCCCUCUGUACCAAAACCUAGAAUGACUGAUGUUGACAUGGCAAAUAUGGUCUGUUUUUCAUGGUCAUGCUCAAAAGUGUCACAAAUACCAGGAAUUCCAUCAUUACAUACUUCAAAAGAGUGGACAGUGAACAAGGAACCACUAUUUGAAUCACGAUUAAGAGAAAAGCAGGGAUCAUUGAUUGACAUAUGUGAAGAAGAUAUGAGAGCAAUGAAAGCAAUGGUUUCUCAAGUGCCAUCUUGUCCAAAAGAGGCACGGAUGCCAGGAUUCCCUUCUCAUCCAAAUUCUCAAACUUUGUAUUGUGCACCAAAUAUGAUCAGCCUGUUUACACUGUGUUCCCAAGGUUCCCAAAUUCCUGGAUUCUCAUCAGUUGAUGGGGAUAUGAGUAUAGGAUGGGUAACAGAAAAGGGGUCAUUGCUGAAGAGGCUACCAAAGAAGGCAGUCAUAUUUGACACACCAAAUGACAACAAAAAGAUAAUGAAGAAUAUGGUGUCCUGUGUACCAUCUUGUCCUAAAGUGUCAAUUAUUCCUGGUUUCCCAUCUAUUCCGAAUCCCAAAAUAGUGUAUUAUGGUCAAAAUGUGAUCAGCCUCCUUCCUUUGUGCCCCCUAAUUUCUAUCAUACCUGGAUUUCCAUCAGUUGAAGGGCACAAGGAGCAAGGAUGGGGUGCUGAACUGGGUUCACUGAUGCACAGACCACAAAAGAGCUUUCAGUUUAGGAUCAACAGCUCACCAAUCAACAUAGAUGAACCACACAGCAUGCUUGCCUUGGUGCCUUCUUGUCCAGGAGCAUCAAAGAUUCCAGGCUUCCCUUCUGUUCCCCGAUACAAUAUGCUGAAUCUUGUACCUGUUUGCCCCAAAGUGUCCAAACUCCCUGGAUUUGCCUCAUUUGAAGGGACAUCAGAAUUCCGAUGGCUUCUUGAUCCACACACUUUGUAUGAUAGGCCAUCAAAGGAGAAAGUUUCUGUGAUACACAGUCCAAAUCAAGAUGAAGAAACUGCAAAGGUGAUGUUGGCUUUAGCACCAUCUUGCCCAGAGGCAUCCAGGAUCCCUGGGUUCCCCUCUGCACCUCAAACCAAAUCCAAGAUUGAACCUGAUAUGAUAAGUUUCGUACCCUGCUGCUCCAGUGCUUCAAAUCUCAAAGGAUUUGCAUCAAUGGCUACAAUCCCAAGCACAGGGUGGCUAAAUGAAACAAAACCAAUUUUGAUAAAGUCUCAGGAGAAGAGGGCAGAAAUGAUUUUAUCGCUUGCUGGACAGGACCAUCUAUGUAGCAACAGCAUGAAAGGCAUGGUGACUUCAGUAACAUCUUGUCCAAAAGAGGCCAGAGUACAUGGUUUUCCUUCUGCUCAAGUUGCCAACAGACCACCAAACAUGGUCAGCUUAUACACAUCUGCUCCAUGUGUUUCAUGUACCCCAGGUUUUCCAUCAGCAAGGAUGCUUAGCUCUGAAUGUACAGAUAUACAAAGUAUAACAACACACAGCACGUCCCUGUUUGAGAAGCUGCAGAACGAGAAGAUUUUUUUCAGUGCAAAAUUGCCAGGCAAAGAUAAACAUGAACAAGAUGAAAUGAAGUACGUGGUUGCAAUGGCUCCAUCAUGUCCACAUUUGACUCGAAUCCCUGGGCUCCCCAGCAUUUCACAGUUGGAACCAGCAGAGAAAGAAGCAAUGACUAUUCCAGUUCCUUGUUCUGUAGAGAAGCAUAUAUCACAAGAAAUGCCUCUUGCACAGUCAACUGAGUCAUAUCAUAAAGACCCAAGAAUUCCUGAUGUUCCCCCCACAUCUCUUAUCCUCCCCAGCACAGCACUUACAUAUGAGGAGAAAUUCAAAGACGGUGCAAAGCAAAACAUAGACGUUUGUGUAGAUAAUGGCAAAUCACACAUAGAGAGGAUAGAAGCAGAGGAAACGCAAACAGGGAAGAAAGCACUGGACACAUCAGAGCCAGCGGUCUUGGGUUGGGAAGUAUUGGAAGCAGAGGGAACAAUUACAGAAAAAAAGGCAAAAUCCUCUUUGUCAGCAAAAGAGGAAGAGGCGUCAGGAUUAGUAAAGGCUAUUGUGGGUGUUAUCCACAAAGGGUUUCAUUCACUCACUCCAGUAUCCAUGUCUCACAGUUAUGAAACAGUAGCAUCCAUUUUGGGGCCGUCUAGCUCUACUUUAGCUGAAGUGGAGCACCAACCCAAGGCUGUCUCCUCUAUGGAUCUGAAUGACAAGACACUGACCUCUUCAGAUGACUUUUCAACACACGUCGCAGACAACACUACUCCCACACAGAGGAUAGAGGGCGAGUUUGAAGACAUUCACAAACACAAUACUGAAUAUCCAACAAGUGCUGAGCCCUACAUGAGGGACUUGGUAGGUGAUCGAUCAGCAUCUCCAUCGCCAACUACCGACAGUGAUGAUGGAUAUUUGGUUUGUGCAAACAUGAAGAAAUGGCCACCACUGACAGAGGCAGAUAUCACUGAAAUAUCAGCGGAAGAUGGUGAGCAAGUUGAGGAACAAGAAGCCUCUCUUGAUCAACAGCAUACAAAGGAGAAAUUGCUCACAGAGCAGGACUCUGGUCAAACAGCAGUGUGCAUUGAAAGUUUGUUAGCAAGAGAGACAGAACAGGAUGAGGUUAGAACUGUGUCAACUUCUUCACAGCUGGAUAAAGGCCCCCAACAAACAAACACAGAAGACAUUUCUGCCACUUCCCUGCAGUCUACAUCAAAUGAGUCACCGACAAAUGCCAGUGUACAUAAAGAGAUACUCAUGGACAAACCCUCAGAUGUUAAGGACAUUGGUCCAGUUGGACCCCAAGCUGACAUUGCUGUCCCUCAGCGAGGCAGAAAGCCCAGGAGAAAGGUUCCAGAACCUCAAGAGAAAGACACUGUUCCAUUACGACCACUCAGAAGAAAGGAUAGUUUAACACCAGACCGCAAACAAAACUCUGAUGGUUUGUCAGUCAAGCUCUCUCCUGAAGUUGUUUCAGUUCAGUCUUUAAAGAAAGAUGCUACUGGUCAGAUCAUCCCCAUUCAUAGUGUUGGUGCUCAAGUAACACCAUACACAGGUGACUAUAAAGAAAAAGGAGAAGCUGAAUCUGUGCAAAUAUCCAUGGAUGUUGUCCCGCCUCCUCGUGUAAAAAGAAGAGAUGGUAGUUUGCCACCAGAAACUUCACAGAAAAGUGCCCCUUGCAAGCCUCUGAGAAAAGACAGUGUCAGAGAGACAGUUGUUCCAAAAAAUAAUGACCAAGAUUUUAAAGACAGUUCUGAUUGGAAAACAACUGAUCCUGUUCCUCCUCUACCUUGUGAGAGAAAGUCUGAUGUCUCAGUUGCUGUUGAACCUUUUCAGAGCAUUGACAAACUCAGCCAAACGGUUGAUGAAAUGAUUCCUUCAGAACAUGUAGGAAAAAAAGACCAAACAAUCAAACAACACUCUCAAGAAACCGAUUUUGUUAGGAGUGCCUCUCUCCAGGCAGACACAGAUCUGGUCUGCUCAAAGGACACAGAACAAACCUCUUGUACUCUGGAAUGGCACAAGAAGGACAUUUAUACAUCUGUACAGGACUCCUCUCACAUAAUACCUCCCUUGGAAACAAAAGAAUUUGAGAGCAUUACACCAGCGAAAUUUCACAUUGAACAAACUGCUUCUCUCUCAAUCAUCAAGAAGAUACGUCUUCCAAAGCGUGUCAAGCAAUUGCCCUCAAGAAAAUCUGGAAAAGCUGACAGUGGUAAUGAAUCUAUAAAACCAUCCCAGAUUGACAACACUGUUAUGGAAGAAGUAAAGCAGUCAAAUGUAGCUGGUGACAUGUCUGUGGAUAUAAUCGACAUCACAUCUUCUGAGAAACCAAAGGAUGCAUCAGAGAUAGUAGAGGUAGAGCAGGACAAACAAACAACUCUUCGUAUCCCAAAGCCUCGUGUGAGGAAACGUUUCUGUGGCUCCUUCCCAGAAGAUGUUACAGCUGUGGAGAAUACGUCCAAGGCUUCUCAUGAACAAGAGCCACAGAUAGCAAGGCAAGGUGCUCCUUCAUCUAAUUCUACAACAACUGAAGAACUGGCAAAGCUGCAACACACUAAAAGCUCCCCCCAUCUACCUCUGGGUGAUCAACCUUGUACAUCUACAGAAGUGGCUGCUGUGAAGUUGAGGAAAAGCAAAUUGACUAUUGAGAGCAAUGUUCAAGUAGAGGAUCAACAUAUUUCAGAAAAGGCACCAGGAGCUUCAAGCUUGCCUGUACCAAAACCAAGGGUAAAGAAACGUCUCAGUGGUUCGUUCCCAGAUGACAUUACAAUUUCUGGCUCAACCCCUUCCAGCCUACCAGACACAGUACCAAUGAUCACUGGUCAUGAAUUACUCCAACAAAAUGAACAUUCAGGCUUGCCUGUUCCAUUACCACGGGCCAAGAAACGUCUCAGUGAGACUUAUUCAGAUAGCACACCACUUGUGGACAAUUUAUUCCCUCUAGAAAUGGAAUUUUCUCAGAGAAAUCAAGAGGAUACAUCUGCCAUUGGCAACGAAACAAAAGAAGGCUCAACAUUUCUGGAUCCAACUGUUAUCUCAGAAGGAGGUUUCGUCACAAUCCAAGGAAAAGAUGAUGUUGCAUCAGAGUUGGAACGGGAAGUGCUAGAAGCAAUGGUGGAAGAAGAAUUUCCUCAGGUAGACUCUGUAGAAGAUACUGAGAAGGCGCUGGAGGAAAUCAGUGAAGGCUGGACCUUUCCAGAAAAACCUGUUUUCACAGAUGACUCAGAGAAUGCUACAGAGGCAGUGCUUGAGCAAGCUGACAUUGAAAAAGCCCUGACAGCAGAGGUUGACAGUUCCCUUGCUUCCACUGUUGCAUUGCCUCAGGAUGACUGGCUGCAUGUAGAGGAUGACAAAGACAGUGAAUCAAUGGGAAUAAACUCAAGGAAGGACACGAGAGACGAAGAGUUGGACUUUGGCUUUGUGUCUGUAGAUGUUGGUUGUUUAGAGGAAGAAAGGCAAGGGGAGAAGUCACAAGUUGCUGGCCUCCACCAAGCCAAUCAACCAGCAACACCUCAGAAAAGACUUACAGAUGGGGCUGCCACUCUGGAAGGCUUUUCACCCAGUCCCAGUUUAGUGACAUCCAGUCAGUCUCUGUUGGACUGGUGUCAGGAAGUCACACAGGGUCAUAAGGGAGUGAAGAUCACAAACUUCAGCACCUCCUGGAGGAAUGGCCUUGCCUUUUGUGCCAUCUUACAUCACUUUCAUCCAGAAAAGAUUAAUUAUGAAAUGCUGGACCCGUAUGACAUCAAACACAACAACAAAAAGGCCUUUGAUUGCUUCGAUGAACUUGGCAUUUCCAGGCUGAUGGAACCGUCAGACAUGGUCAUGCUAGCAGUGCCUGACCGCCUCAUUGUCAUGACCUACCUCAACCAGAUUCGCACACAUUUCACAGGCCAGGAGCUCAGUGUGCUUCACAUAGACAGGAAUAGCAGCGAGUCCAGCUAUGCUGUAGCAGGGGAGCGGGAGAAUGAGGAGGACCCAGAAGCAACUGUUCGCUACUGUGCCCAGAGGCUCCAGGAGGAGGGCAUAAGUCUGGAGACCAAUGGGACUACAGGCACAGCAGAGCCAGAGAGUAAAACCAGGGAUGUUGUCCCACCUCCCAGAACCAAACGGCUGCAGGUUGCUGGGGCAGGUGGGGCUCAGUUACCAGUGGCACCCCCAAGAACUCAUUUCCUGUCCAAGACUGGUUUCUCUCAUGUCAAAGACGCUGAUCUGGUGAAGAAGCGUAGGUCACAGCGGAGGAGUGGGUCAGUGGAAGAAGCAGACAUAUCGGUGCAGGUUGUUGCAGGUCAAGAAGAGAGUGUAAUUACCCGGAGGAAGUCAGAAACUGAGGGAACAGAGGCUGUGUCUGAGGAGGGAAGACCAGAGGGCCAGGACCCCAACCAAUAUGUGCUGAGUCAGAUGGAAGCCCUGGAAGCAGAACAAAAUCAUAUUGAUAACAGAGCAGGUGUGGUGGAGAGAAAACUCAGACAAUUACUGGGAACAGGUAGUGACAAGGUGGAGGAGGAGAGGUUGAUUCAGGAAUGGUUUACACUGGUCAACAAGAAGAAUGCUUUAAUCAGGAGGCAGGACCACCUGCAGCUACUGCUGGAGGAACAAGACUUGGAAAGAAAAUUUGAGCUGUUGAACAAAGAGCUGAGGGACAUGAUGGCAAUUGAAGAGGGUCAGAAGACUCAGGCCCAUAAACACAGAGAGCAGCUGCUACUUCAGGAGCUGGUGUCAUUGGUCAACCAGAGAGAUGAACUGGUCCACAAUAUAGACGCCAAGGAGAGAGGAGCUCUGGAGGAGGACGAGCGUCUGGAGCGAGGCCUGGAGCAGCGGAGGAGGAAGUAUGCUAAACAGCAGAAAGAGAAGUGUGUGAUGCAGUGAUCCCAUCAACCUCCAGAGACAAAGUGUUGGGUCACCAAAUCUGAAAGAGGAUAGCUGAAAAUCAAAACGAAUAAUAGGACAAUCAUGUGUGGUCACAUUGAUUGGUGUGGUUUGAAGUCAGCAGAAAGAGGACAUUUAGACACAGCUGACCUAAGGAGGGUACUUCUGAACCAAUGUGAGGUGGAUAUAUUUCCAGUGGAGACUCAGAUGCCCCAAACCAGAGAGAGGCUCUGAGAAAUGCCUGCAAUGUUUAAGCUCUGAAUCAGCUUUCACUUUGGUUUGCUUUCCCUUUUGACUGUCUUAAAAUGUGGCACCACACUCCAUUUAAUGACCACACAUCAAGAUAAUUGAAGUGGGCAGUGGUGUAAUUUCCAGAAAAUUAUUGCAUCGUCCAUGUAGCAAACUCUACAGGAUGUUCAACCCAAUGAGCAGAAGAGGCAUCAGUGCCUCAGAGAGCUGCUUCUACCUUUGGACUGUUUGCUUUGCAGUUUCUCUGCUGUGUUUUUAGUGAUCACUCUGUUGUUACAGAGUGAUUGGGAAUGUAACAUGAGUUUGAUUGAAAGCGUGUGUGAGACUGGAAAUGUCUGGUAUAGAUAUGGGCUGCCAAAAACAGGAGAGUAGGUUUGAUCAGUGUUUGUUCGUUAAGGCCAACAGCUUUACUACAAGGAUUCAGUGUUUGUAUGACUGUCACAUGUAUCAUUGAAACCCUGAGAAAUACAAGUCUUCCAAGUGGUGUGUAGAAAAUCUAUAAACACAUCUGCAUAUGAAUGUAGAAUCUGGAGGCAACAGAACAAGAUUUUGUAUGGGAGGCAUUCUGAUUUCCUUUUGUAUAUUGCAUUUCAAGUUGCUAAUUGGACUGUUAACAAUUACCGGGUGAGAUAAGGAAGUCUUGACCCACAGAUCCAUUACUCUGAUACAUGCUGGCUACACCAGAAUCCCCUAGUAUUGGCAGUUGCCCCCAAAGUCCAAAUCGUCAUCAGACAGAUAGCUGAUUGGUUCCAAGAUUGCUCCAAAUUGAAAAUUAAAAUACACUUUGCCAUUGCCUUCUAAAAACAUCCGUAGGAUUGUUUUAAAAUCUGUUGCCUCUAUCAGCAGGAAGUCAUCUUUUUGUCAGUACUUUUCAUAACCGUCACAUGAUGAAAACAAAUUAAUUUGGGUUUAAGGGGAACCCUGAUAUUUUUCUACCUAGACCCUAUUUUCCGUCAUCUUUGGGUCUAAGCGACUUGUGGAAACAACUGUUUUUUGACAGUGGUCCAGUAUUGAGAGAGAGUGCUGCAGCAGGCAGCGGCGAAACAGGCUGCAAUGUUACCACUUGGGGCAUAUUUGCACUAUUUACAUCUACUAAAAGUGUUUGUUUUUACCACAGACAAGUUCAGAUUGUUAUGAAUGUCCGACGACAUUAUGGAAAGGACCCUCCAAAGAACUGAAAUGUUUUUGCUGUACCUUUUCUCUUGUUCCCAUCUGUUUUGUAUCCAGGUCUCGCCACGUCUUGUCUGAAAUGUUGCAGACUUUUUCACAUUUUUGAAAUCAGUUAGAUAUUCAGCCAUGACACUGACAAUCUUUUAGAUUAGAGUAAGAUAUGCUCUCUGUGCUCAGGCAAACUAUUACUAUACAGCCCUCCUCUCUCCAACUUUCACUUGUGUUUCUGUUUUCUUCCUGCAACGAGUCACCUUGCGCCGUUUCUUCCUGCAAGAAGUUACCUCACACUAUUUUCUUCCUGCAACAAAUCAUUUCGUGUGAGAUUUUAGAACAAAUCUUCUCGUUAUUGAGACUUGGACACAAAACAGACCGGUACAAGCAAAAUGAACGCAAAACGUUUUCUCUGUAGGGUUCUUUCUGUAAUGUUGUCAGACACUCGUUGUAAAAGUCUGAAUCUGUCAGUUGCAGAAUCAAGCACAUUUAAUGGACAUAAAUUGACCAGGUGCACCUUCCACGAGGGGUUACAUUACAGCCUGUUUUCGCCACUGCCAGUUGCAGUGCUCUCUUUGAAUAAUGGACCAAUUCCAAAACUAGUUUUUCCCACAAGUCAUUUAUAUGCAAAACAUGGGAAAAUAUGUGGUCCAGGCUGAAAUAUACUGGAGUUCCCCUUAAGGUCUUGGAAAAAUGUGCGGUCAUGGUUAAAGUGUUGGGCACAUACGACAAAUAAUAGUCUUGUCCUAAAGACACUGAACUCUUUUUGAGUAUUCAGUUAGUCACCACAGUUGCCUUACUGAAGGAUGUGCUACAUCAUAAAUGGCUGUAAAUAACAAAGUUCAUUUCCCUAAGUUUUAAUGCAGUUUUUCAUUUUCAUGUUUGUUGUUACAGUAGCUAUUUGGAAAUGAGAAAUCUAAUGCAGUCUGAUUGUGAUGUUUGAGAUGUUGCGAUGUUUACAUCAUAUUAUGAGAUGGGAUAAAUGUGCAAAUGGAAUGCAAGGACAAGGAAAGCAGCCAUGGAACAGAUCAGAGCCCUUUAACUAAAUUAUUAGGUUCAUUUAAAGUUUUACUAUUUAUUCAAGACAUAUCAACUGGCAGAGCAGCCACAGAUUCAGUAUGUCUGCCAUAUUGGUAUGUGUUUUAACCAAAGCCUGUAGCCCUCAUUAUUGUAACAUUUAACUUCCAUCUGUGUAGAGAAUGUUCCUACAGUACAGCAGCAUCAAGCCUCUCUGUAAUCCAACACAGAGACUGCAUUCAUAUUCGUGACAGUGACAUCAGAAGAUGUCUUUGAGACUUGUACAUGUAGGAUGUUUUUUCUUGUGUUUUGUUUUUGCACUGGAAAGUUCUGUUUUUACUCCAGCACAAGGAUGUUGUGUAACAGUGACAUUUCUGGGCCUGAGGUUUUAUUUUGUGUUUAAAGGUUUGCAGUUCUCAUGUUGCCAUAAUUGCUGGUGGUAGCAGCUUUGACCGCCACUGUGUGAAUUAGCUACAACCUGUUAAGAGAAUGGCUGUUUUAUUUGUGGUUUUUAUGUUACAUUUGCACUAUUUGUAAAGUUUGGAAAAUACAAAAGAGUUGAAUGCCUUUA